AUGUCAAACUUUUUUGACAUCAAGGCUCGCAAGGCCGCCGCCGCAACCGGAGCGUCAUCGGCCAGCGCUGAGAAGCAGACAUCAGAGAAUACAAGAGUGCAACCAUGGGUUGAGAAAUACCGUCCCAAAACCCUCAGCGACGUCGCGGCACAGGACCAUACCAUCACCGUCCUUCAACGGACGCUCCAAGCUUCUAAUCUCCCACACAUGCUCUUCUACGGGCCCCCCGGCACAGGCAAGACUUCAACGAUCCUCGCCUUAGCCAAGGAGCUGUACGGACCCGAGCUCAUCAAAUCUCGAGUACUCGAGCUCAACGCCUCGGACGAGCGCGGCAUCUCCAUCGUGCGCGAGAAGGUCAAGGAUUUUGCCCGGAUGCAGCUCAUAAACCCGAGUCCGGCCUACAAGGCGAAGUACCCAUGCCCGCCCUAUAAGAUCAUCAUCCUCGACGAGGCCGAUAGCAUGACGCAGGACGCGCAGAGCGCGUUGCGCCGCACCAUGGAGACAUACAGCAAGAUCACGCGCUUCUGCCUCAUUUGCAACUACGUCACUCGCAUCAUCGAUCCGCUGGCCAGCCGUUGCAGCAAGUUCCGCUUCAAGAGCCUCGAUCAGGGAAAUGCGCGGAGGAGGCUGGAGGAGAUUGCGAAGCUGGAGGGCGUGGGCAUUGAGACCGCCGCUAUAGAUGCACUGAUUCGGUGCAGCGAUGGCGAUUUGAGAAAGGCAAUCACCUAUCUACAGAGCGCUGCGAGACUGGUUGGACAUGGGGCUUCCUCAGAUCACGGCAGUGAUGGUGACAAGAUGGAUGUCGAGAGGCUGGUCACGACCAAGGUCGUCGAGGAUAUUGCCGGCGUUAUCCCGGAUAAGACGAUCGCGGAGCUGGUGAAGGCAAUGCGCCCGCGUGCUGCUGGCGAGACGUACCAGGCCAUUGCCAAGGUGGUGGAAGACAUGGUGGCGGACGGGUGGAGCGCGGGGCAGAUCAUGUCACAACUUCACCAGGCUGUCGUUUAUGACGAGACCAUUCCGGACGUUCAAAAGAAUAAGAUUGUCAUGGUCUUCUCGGAGAUCGACAAGAGGCUGGUAGAUGGCGCCGACGAGCAUCUCUCAAUCCUGGACCUUGCGCUUCGUAUCUCUGGCAUUAUGGCGGGAAGGUAG